AUGAAGUUUUCUUUGUGUUCAUUGGGCCUGGCGCUCGCGACCGGUUCGCUAGCAGCGUCUGAUCAGAAUUCCGUUAUUGGCCGCAGAGCUGUCAGCUCUGGUGCUCCAAUGUACUCGAACUCUACGUUACCCGCUUCGUCCACUGCCUCUGGCAGCUCGAGCUCCAGCAUCCCUUCGGCAAUCGCAUCGCACAGCUCGGAGGUCAGCAGCAGACCACCUACCACUACAUUAAAGGCCAGUACCUUGGUCGACUAUGUCACUGUGACAUCAUUUGAGACUGUCAUCACCUCAGGUGUCUUCUCCACUAACAACUUCACCACUACCGUGGACUCUGUUGAAACGAUAACUGUCACCGACUGUCCAUGUGUUAUUCCAACAACCAGUGUGAGAACUGCUACUAUCACCAGCUGGAACAUUGUCACCGAGCUAACUACCUACUGCCCAUCGCCAACUGAGAUUGUGACCAACGGCAAGACUUACACCGUGACAAAGCCAACCACUCUAACCAUCACUGACUGUCCAUGCAGCGUUCCUGUCGAGAAGCCUCCAAUUACCAUUACUCCUCCUUCUUCUCAACCACAGCCAUCUGCUUCCAAGCCGCAGCCAUCUGCUUCCAAGCCAGAAUCGUCUGCUUCCAAGCCACAGCCAACUGCUUCCAAGCCACAGCCAAAGCCAGAGCCACCAGUUACUGUUACCACUUGGAACGUUGUGACGGAGCUAACCACCUACUGCCCAGCUCCAACUUCGAUUGUGACCAACGGUAAGACCUACACUGUGACUGAAGCAACUACGCUAACGAUCACCGACUGCCCAUGCAGUGUUCCUGUCAUUACUACGCACCCACCAGCUCCUAAGCCAUCGACCAAAGAGGAGCCACCAAAGUCUUCUGCUCCACAGCCACCUGCAUCUCAACCGCCAGUUGAGCCACCAAAGUCCUCUGCUCCACCAGCUGAGCCACCAAAGUCUUCUGCUCCACCAGCUCAACCACCAAAGUCCUCUGCUCCACCAGCUGAGCCACCAAAGUCUUCUGCUCCACCAGCUCAACCACCAAAGUCUUCUGCUCCACCAGCUGAGCCACCAAAGUCUUCUGCUCCACCAGCUGAGCCACCAAAGUCUUCUGCUCCACCAGCUCAACCACCAAAGUCUUCUGCUCCACCAGCUGAGCCACCAAAAUCCUCUGCACCACCAGUUGAGCCACCAAAGUCCUCUGCACCACCAGUUGAGCCACCAAAGUCUUCUGCUCCACCAGCUGAGCCACCAAAGUCUUCUGCUCCACCAGCUGAGCCACCAAAGUCUACUGCUCCACCAGCUGAGCCACCAAAGUCUACUGCUCCACCAGCUGAGCCACCAAAGUCUACUGCUCCACCAGCUGCCUCACAACCACCAGUCCAAUCGACUUCCACCUCUGUUGUGCCUACUGUCCCAACAGUUCCUGUUCAGUCAUCGGCUGGCGCUAACAAGCUAGCAGUCGGCGGCGUGGCCGGUGUCUUGGGUGCUUUGGCCUUCAUCAUUUAA